AUGCUGAACAAGUGGUUCAUGGGGGACGCCGUGCUACAAUUGGAGAACCGGUUUUCCGGCGGUGGUACCGUGCAAUCAACAGCGCGUUUGAAGCAGCGAGCAACAAUUUACCAAGCUGCACCUUCCAGCAGGCUGGGUCAACCGGCCGUCCUCCUCCAAUGGUCGCGCGGCACAGCAGCAACAGACGGAGAACAGUGUACUCGUAACGUCGUCAUUGACCAACGACCGGACGUGUGCAAUGAAUGUUCUGUGCGGUGUUUGUGGAUCAUAUAUCUGAACACCAAAUCCAUACGUGACAACGCAAGGGAGGGCCAGGAGGACCAGGAGAGCCAGGAUACAGGCAUCUUACUUAUCGUGGCUCGGGAAGGGGAAGGGAAAGAGAGGGGAGGGGCAAGAGGCAAGAGGCACACGCUGGCUGGGCAGAGCGAGCUCACCGUUCCUGGAUUGGAGAUGGAAGAUGGGAGAUGGAGAUGGAGAUGGAGAUGA